UUCCCACGCUCUCCCUUUGCUUUCGCAUUCCCAAUCUCAAGCUCCAACGCUCGAGCUUUUCUCCUCCCACCCACACCCUUCCGAAGCCAUGGCUGGGUCCGAUUCCAAUGGCAAGUUGGAGGCUUCCUCCGCCAAGGAGAAGGAGGUGGCCGAGCUCCGUGCAGCGGGGUAUAUGACCGCCGAGAUCCGGCAUCGGCUCCCCGACCCAGGGCAGAUUAUUCCUACCACGAAUCCAGGGGAAAGAGUGGUGUUCAUCCACCACUUUCUCCGCGGACUGGGAUUUCCCCUUCAUCAGUUCGUCCGUGGGUGGAUGUUUUUCUACGGGCUGGAUUUCCACGAUCUAGCCCCAAACGCCAUCCUCAACAUCAUGGCAUUCAUCAUCGUGUGCGAGGCCUUCCUCCGCGUCCGCCCCCACUUCGGCCUGUGGCUCAAAACUUUCAACGUGAAGCCGAAAGUGGUUGGUGGGGAGCAUGCGGACUGCAGCGGCGCCAUGGUGAGCAAGCUCACAAACGCCAUCUGGCCCAAAGGUACGUUCAUAGAUACGGUGAAGCUCUGGCAGCAGGGGUGGUUUUACAUCACCGAGCCCCGCGGCAAUAACUGGGCGGCUGCCCCAGAGUUCCGAUCCGGAACCCCAAUGCGGCUCAAAUCCUGGAAUGCCAAGGGCCUAGAUUGGGGGGAAGCCGGGGAAGUGGCGGCGCUGCAAAGCGCAUCGCCAAGAAAAUGAGGGAGGGUAUCAAGCUCACCCACGUAAUCCAGGUGAUGCUCUUCCGCCGGAUACUCCCAUGCCAACGGCGAGAUAAGCCCAUGUGGGAAUUUGAUCCGGCGGGCAACCAGACCCUGAAGCGCUUCUUCGGCACUACGCACGAAGACAUAUGGAAGCAACUGUUCAAGGGCCAGGAAGAUUGGCCAGAGGAGACCGAAGACAAAGGCUAUUUUGUCGAUAAGAUACCCUCCAAGGGCUGGACUGUGAAGGCGGAACAUAUUCGGUGUCUGGCUCCGCUGCCGGAGGCUCCAGCAACUCACCUACUAACGCAGAUGUUGGAGGCGGCUCCAUACGAGCCGUCGAAGAAGAAGAC